GCGGUCGCGGGUUGCGAAUUGUAGUGGUGUGAAUGUGUGUUGGAAAGGCGGCUGGCAAGCGGAUAACCAGGCCUGAGGUGUCCUGUAUUUUUAUAAACAUAUCAUUUAGUUUAGAUUUAAUAUUAUAACUAUAUAGUACCCCGUUUAUAAGAAAAGACAUGCCUAGAGGAGGUAAGAAAGGAUAUAAAGGCCGGGGGAAGCAGUUUACUAAUCCAGAAGAGAUUGACCGACAAAUGAAAGCAGAACGAGAGAAGGAGGAAAAUGGUGGUGCUGCUCCAGAAAGUGAAUCUGACUCUGAAGAUGAAAGCAGUGAGGAAGAGUGUGAUAGAAAGAAGAAGGGAGUGGAAGGUUUAAUUGAGAUUGAGAAUCCAAACAGAGCAUCUCAGAAGAGCAAGAAAGUAGCUGAAGUGGAUUUAAGUGCACCCCGUGAACUCUCGCGUCGAGAGAGAGAGGAGAUAGAAAAGCAACAAGCCAAAGAGCGCUAUAUGAAAUUGCAUCUAGAAGGAAAGACUGAGCAGGCACGAGCAGACUUGGCCCGUCUGGCACUUGUGAAGAAACAGAGAGAGGAAGCAGCACGCAAGCGGGAAGAACUAAGAAAAGUAAAAGAAGAGGCAGAGGCAAGAGGAAAGCGUUAAUUCAUUGGCAAAUCCAGGAGUUGGAACAAUAAUCUGAAUGAUGGCGGAGUUGAGUGGGAACUGUAGAAUGGGAUGUUUGACUGAAUAUGAAAGGACUCCCUGUUGUCUGUAUGUUUUUUUUUCAGAAUCCACCCCCCCCAUUGUUCAGUUCCACUACUGAUUUUUGUUCAUUGGCAAUAGUAAAAUUAAUAAAGUUUUACCUGUUAUCUCUUAGAGGGAUGGUAUUUAUAUGUAUAACACCAUUCCCCAUUUAAAAGGUGCAUCAUUUUCAUAGAAAGUGAGGCGUGUCACUCUACGAAAAAACUUACUGCAAAAAGUUCAUGGCAUCAGCUACACUACAGUAAAGGUUUUGCAUUUCUUAAAAUAUCUACUGUUAGGUGGGGUUUUAAAUGCCAUUAUUAAAAAAAAUAAGAUGCAAGAUUAAUUUCCUUAGCAUAAAAUUUCCCCUCUGGAUCUGGUGUAGCUUCUUAUUAAAACAUAGUUUUGUGUAUAUUUGUAUUGUGUUCUUUAUUAUGUGCUUAAAUUUGCCAUUUAGUCUGAAUAGCUAAGAAGGUGCCUAAACAAACAUUCCUUAGGUUGCUGAAACAAAGUGGAUCAGGCUUGUUGUUCUGUAUGUUGGUGAACUUUGGUCUUUAAAAAAAAAAAACCUAGGCAUUCCUUUUCUCCUUUUGAUUGGAAUGUGUGACCACUUUUGUUUUUACUGGAGGUCUCCAUUUAUGUCUGUCCUAGUAAUAUACAUUUCUAGUGGCCCCUAAUUCAUUGCUGUGUGUGCUUUUCAUUGCCAAAAAAUGUGACAACAGGUCUGUCACAUGCAGUUAAUUCUGUGUUUGUUGAGAUGGUUGCAUAUGUUCCAUUUGAUUUACGUUCAUGGAAGGCAGUGGGUUAAAAAUAGUUAAUUUAGAGCAAGGGUUCCCAAACUUUUUUCAGCCGCAGACCCCUUUACCAAAAACUUUUAAAACCGUCGACCUCCUAAUUACAUGCAAUGGUUUUUCAUAUCCGCACUUGCUUUGAUAUGUUCGAUAAGACAAUGAACAGACAUGUUUGUGCUACAUGUAUUUUCAUGCAUUCUUACGUGUGACUCUUUUAAUGACACAUUUUACCUUUUCGUUCGCAAAUUUGGUAUGUAAUGUGUUUUUUUUAAAUGAUUUUACUUCUUAAUUAGGUACCUAUUGGAAUCAUAGAUAUUUUGAAGUAACAAACAAAUAGCAGUAGUAAGGGGGUCUAUUUUUGCUGUCGUUGACCCCCAAAUUUUUUCAUUGAAACUAUCGACCCCUAGAAAGUUCAAAUCGACCCCAGGGGGUCAAUAUCGACCACUUUGGGAACCCUUGAUUUAGAGCAUAAAAUGGUUAUUGAAAAAAUUAGACACAUUUCCUUUUCAGACAUUUUAGCCUUUAAAUCACCAUGGUUGCACCUGAUUAACUAUUGUUUUGUUUACUAACGGUGACCUAGACUUUGAAAUAUGUUUUAUUUUUAGGUGAAGAUAUGUUAUUUUUUUAACAGUCUGAAGAAACGUUUUGUUUUUAGAGAUCACUUUCAGUGAUGUGAAAUUGCCAUAGACUUUUUCAUGCCAUAUUCAGGCCACAGGGUGUGAUUUUUAAUUGCAAGAUAAGUAUAAAAAGUUCAUUAAAAAUGUUAAAUGGAUUUGUUGUCCAUGCAUCACAAUUUAGAAUUUGAGGGCACUACAUUUGUUCGUAAUGUUACAUUAUGUUACAUGAAGCGAUCACCAGCUAGAUAUUUAAGCCUGGAAGACAUAUACUGAGUGACUGUAAGCCUUACAUGAUUGUGACUUGUACCUUGUUUGUUGUGAGGGAAAUAACUGACAAGCCCGUUUAAACUAUUAGGGAGCUGCUAAAUGAUGCUGUAUUCUUAUAAUGCUGCAGUUGGGUUGUGGAACAGCCAUUUUUUUUAUAUGAUGUGUGUACACCAUUGCAAUGAUGAUUGGUUUCAGUGAAUUGUUGUGGUGGUUAUAUUCACUUGAGAAAGCUUUAGUGUUUCUUUGAAGAGUGCAUUUCAGAACUGAAGUAUUUUAAGGCAUUUUUGAAAUCUUCUGCAAUAUUUUAAAGACAAGUCUCAUUCUAAUUUCUAGGUUCCUCUUCUAAAAUAGCUAUCAGUCCCCCAGGUGGCAGCACAUUAAGCAGGAACAGAAGGCAGUAUUUACAUAUUAAUGCUUUGUUUCCACUUUGUAAUAUUUAAAAAAACAAAA